AAACCUGCAACGAGAUUGAUGUCCUUCACAUUGUGUCUGAACUGUGUUAUGCUCGAACAGCCUGCACGAUAAAUCCUACAUCAAUUAUGGAGACGAAGGUGCAGCAUGUACUGCCGCGACAGUCAAUGCAUAGAGGCAUGGAGAAAUCCAUCUCCUCAGAGGCAAGAGUUCACAGUGAAGCCUGUAUUCACCUUUACAUUUCAGUUCACUCAUUCUGGUUAGACACUAACUUGAUCGUCACAAAUUCUGCAAGCGGUAGGCGUUUAUGGAAGUUUGGUUCAGGUCGUGGAUUGCCAUCUGCUGUUUUGGACGACGACGGGCUAGACUUGACCGGCGCAGAACAGACACUGGAGACACAGUUCUCUGGACGAGGGGUUCCAACGGCAAUUUCUGAGGGGUUAUUCGAGGAGAAGGAGAAUAUUUUUAUGGAUUUUAUGCUCAGAGUUGCAGAAAAUACUACCAGAGAAACGGCAGCUGCAGUGAUGCCUGGCUACGAGUGGGAACAGAGUAUAUCCGACCUGUCGGUGGAAGGUGAUCAGAAAGGAGCACCACUUGGCCUCCAACUCUUCCAGAGUUCUCUGCUGCAUGAUAAAUCAGUAGAGAAGAGAAAUCUGUCUGAGGCAGUAUUUGGAAAUGGCUCUGGACACAAGCUUGACGAAGGCGAUAGACAUCCCCGUCAUUCGGAAGAUUAUUUUUAUGUGUCGAAAGAGAUCGAGCCUACGUCAGACAAACGAAGAUAUCCGGGCAAAAAUGUGACUCAAAGUGUAGAGAUGGCGAAUAAAAGAAGGCUCGCCGGCCAAGUGACUAAGCCUUGCCAAAAUGGUGCAAACAAAUCAGGUAAGCUUAUUGAUCUAGCUGAGAGUGUAUAA